AUGGAUUAGUCUAAAUAAUUGAUAAAGAAUGAAUUGUUGAAUUUGAGUUUUUCAGAAGAAUAGAUAGCUCAAGUAUUACCAAGUGCUGAUAGUCUAGAAUAAGCAGUAGAAUUGCUAUUAGCAUUGCAAGAAGGGUAACAAAUAAAAAAAUAAAAUGUUGGAUUAUUUACAGACAUUGAUGCAAUUCCAUUUGAUAUUAAUUUUGAUAACAUAAAACCACCUGGAGAGCAAUUUGAUAAGAGAUAUAAAAUGGUGUGUGUGGUGAGAAUGGAUUUAAAGAUGGGAAUUGGUAAAAUAGCAGCAUAAACAGGACAUGCAGUAUUGGGAGCAUAUAAAUAAUUAUUAAAUGACAAACAUGAUUUAUUAUAAAAAUGGGAAGGAAGUGGUUAGGCGAAAGUAGUGGUGAAAUGCGAGAGUCAAUAAGAAUUGCAUAAUAUCGAAGCCGCUGCAAGACAGAAUGGACUCAUCACUUAUAUAGUAACAGAUGCAGGUAGAACAUAAGUUGAGCCUGGAAGCCAAACUGUUUGUGCAAUUGGUCCUGCUGAUUGUGAUCUAAUUGAUUAAGUGACUGGUCAUUUGAAAUUAUUAUGA